UAUUUUUUCUAGAAACAAUUUUUCUCUUUUGCUUUGUUCUUUUGUUGGAUGAAGAUUACAUGUUUCAAGCUUCCUUGUUUGAAAAAAUAAGCCACAUAAAUUUUAUUCCAGAUUUGACCUUAUCCUCUCCUCUGAAUUUGAGAGUGGAGUUUAAGCUUGUUUCACUGAACUGGAAUUUACAGAUUCUGGAUCUGCAGCAUCAUUGAUGGGAACAGAACUCAUGAGAUUUUGCAUUAAGGAAGAGAAUGAUGACAUCCCAUCAGUUCCACCUGGUUUCGAGUCACUUGCUGCUUUCACCUUAAAGAGGUUCCAAGAUGGUGAAAAACAAGGAACUCAAGACGUAAUUACCUCUUCAGUCUCCAUAAGCACUUCUGACUUACAGUCAGUAAAGAUAGAAAUGGAUAGCGACAGUCAUGCUGACACAAAAAUCACAAGGUCUCUCCGGCGUAGAGCUUGUAUAAACUAUGGACAAUUGGGCAAUAAUAGUUCAGAGGAUGAAUCUGAUUCUGCAAAGCUUAAUCAAAAUCUUAGUUUAAGGUAUCAUCUACCAAAGGGGGUUAUUCGUGGAUGUGCACAAUGCAGAAAUUGCCAAAAGGUCACUGCAACAUGGUGUCCUGAAUAUGCUCGCAGGCCUGACCUUGAGGAUGCUCCUGUAUUCUACCCUACAGAAGAGGAGUUUGAAGAUACUUUGAAAUACAUAGCUAGCAUACGACCAAAAGCUGAACCGUAUGGAAUAUGUCGUAUUGUUCCUCCUCCUUCUUGGAAACCUCCCUGUCCUCUGAAGGAAAAAUCUAUUUGGGAGGGUUCUACUUUUGCUACUCGUGUCCAGAGGGUUGACAAACUACAGAAUCGAGAUUCAAUGAAAAAGAUGUCAAAGCUAUAUAACCAUACCAGGAAGAAAAGGAGAAAGUGCAUGGGAAUGGCGGUAGAUUGUGGGGUAGAUAGUGGAAAUAUCUCAGGGUGCAAUGAUGUUGGUGUUUGUCAGGCUGAGAGUUUUGGAUUUGAACCUGGUCCAGAGUUUACUCUGAACACAUUUCAGAAAUAUGCAGAUGAUUUCAAGGCUCUGUACUUCAGGAAGAAUGAUAACAUCGUUAGUAAGGGAGGUAAGGCAGCAGUGCUUCAUGAGAACUGGGAGCCAACAGCGGAGAAUAUUGAAGGUGAAUACUGGCGGAUUGUAGAGAAAGCAACUGAAGAAAUAGAGGUGCUUUAUGGGGCUGAUCUAGAAACUGGGGUUUUUGGCAGUGGGUUUCCAAAAAAGUCUGGUCAGUUUGGUUCUGAUACAAAUGAACGUUAUGCAAAGUCUGGUUGGAACUUGAAUGAGUUUCCGAGGCUUCCUGGAUCUGUCCUUUCUUAUGAAAGUGGUGAUAUAUCUGGUGUUUUAGUGCCAUGGUUGUAUAUAGGAAUGUGCUUUUCCUCCUUCUGUUGGCAUGUUGAAGACCAUCACUUAUAUUCACUGAAUUACAUGCAUUGGGGUGCUCCAAAAAUGUGGUAUGGGGUCCCAGGGAAGGAUGCUAUUAAAUUGGAAGAGGCUAUGAGGAAGCAUUUACCUGAUCUGUUCGAAGAGCAACCUGACUUGCUUCAUAAGCUGGUGACACAACUUUCUCCUUCUAUACUAAAAUCUGAAGGGUUACCAGUCUAUCGGUGUUUACAAAAUUCAGGAGAGUUUGUUCUAACCUUUCCUCGAGCAUAUCAUUCAGGGUUUAAUUGUGGCUUCAAUUGUGCGGAGGCAGUAAAUGUAGCCCCUGUUGACUGGUUGCCCCAUGGACAGAUUGCUAUAGAGCUUUAUCGUAAGCAGGGGCGAAGGACUUCCAUCUCCCAUGAUAAACUGUUGCUUGGAGCAGCAAGGGAAGCAGUGAAAGCUCAUUGGGAACUUAAUUUACUGAAAAAGAAUACAGCGGAUAACUUAAGAUGGAAAGAUUUGUGUGGCAAGGAUGGAAUAUUAGCAAAAGCACUCAAGGAACGUGUGGAGAUGGAGCGUGUGAGGAGAGAAUUUCUUUGCAAUUCUUCGCAGGCACUAAAGAUGGAGAGCAAUUUUGAUGCCACAAGUGAAAGGGAAUGCAUUGUCUGCCUUUUUGAUUUGCACCUAUCUGCAGCAGGAUGUCAUUGUUCGCCAGAUAAGUAUGCAUGCUUGGAUCAUGCGAAGCAAAUGUGUUCUUGUGGUUGGGGUACCAAAUUUUUCCUAUUUCGCUAUGACAUCAGUGAAUUAAACAUACUUGUUGAAGCAUUGGAAGGAAAAUUGAGCGCAGUUUACAGAUGGGCAAGAUUAGAUCUUGGACUGGCCCUGACAUCUUAUGUUUCUAAAGACAGUUUGCAAGAUUGUAAAGUAUCUUACUUGCCAGAUGGAAGAGCACUUGAGGAGGUGAGAUCGAAACCAUCAACGUAUCUUCUUGAAGAUUUAGACAGUAAAGGAAUCGCCAGGGAAAUUACAAUGACUUCAAUGAAGAUCUUUGAUGGAAUGGCUUCAGUAGAAAAAAAGACACCUCUUGAAUCAUCUACAUCCCGUAGUUAUUUUCAAGCAACUGAGAAGCAAAGUCACAAUUCAAAGUUAAAAAAGGAAUCCAUCCUUUUUUCUACCAAUUUAAGAACUCGCGAAGACGUGUCCUACACUGGAGAACUCACUUCAUCAGAAUGUGGAAUUAAAAAACCUUCAACUUUGGCCCAUGAUAAUAUUAUUGUGCUGAGUGAUGAUGAAGGCGAUGAACCAAAGCACUUGGAACUUUCUAAAAGGUCUACUUCUGAUGACAGCCCCUGUAAUGACAGUAAAGAUUCAAUCUUAAUUGCCUCUGUGACUGAUGCAGAAGUGAUUAGUAAAAAUGAUGUCAGUUCCCUGGAUGGACAAGGGAAGAACUGUUUGUUGGAUCCUGUUAAAGUGAAGGAUGACCGUCAUCAACAUAGUGAAGUAGUUCUUGAAUCUAAUGUGGCAGACGGUUCUUGCCAUGCAGGCUCUACCAGUGCAGGGUGUGGUAAGAAUGUUCAGGAUUCCUCAAACAUGAGAAUGACCAGUAAGGAUCCAAAUAUGGUAAAUGCUAGGUGUACACUUCCACAGCAGUGUGGCACUGCAAAUCCUAAUGAUGAUGAUAACAUGGGGGCGAAUGCCACCUCAAAUCCAGUGGACAAUUCAAGAGUUAUGGCAGGUAGCCCAUCUUGCUCACAAAAUAAUUUGGACCGCUAUAUCCGCCAGAAGGGUCCCCGCAUUGCCAAGGUAGUGCGAAGGAUUAACUGCAAUGUGGAGCCUCUGGAAUUUGGAGUUGUACUUCCCGGAAAAUUGUGGUGUAACAGCCAGGCGAUAUUUCCCAAAGGAUUUAAGAGCCGGGUUAGAUACACAAGUGUUUUAGAUCCAACAAAUAUGUGUUACUAUGUAUCAGAAAUUCUGGAUGCCGGACAAAAAGGACCUCUGUUCAUGGUUUCCAUGGAGCAUUGUCCAAGUGAGGUAUUCAUUCACAUUUCAGCAACCAGAUGCUGGGAAAUGGUGAGAGAGAGAGUAAAUCAAGAGAUCACAAAGCAGCAUAAAUUGGGAAGAAUGAACUUGCCACCUUUGCAACCUCCUGGAAGUCUUGAUGGCUUUGAAAUGUUUGGGUUUUCUUCACCAGCAAUCGUACAGGCCAUAGAAGCGUUGGAUCGUAAUCGAGUUUGUACAGAUUAUUGGGACUCCAGGCCCUACUCACGACCUCAGGGUCAGAUUCCACAACCUUCUCAACCCAAAGAAAGUGGAGGAUAUGUCAAGGGGACAUCUGAGGAACAUGAUAAUAGAGGGACUCCUGGGAGCAAUCUGCUACCUCAUGGAGUUGAUGAGACGAUACUUCGAGGCUUAUUCAAGAAGGCAAACCCAGAAGAAUUAUACACACUGAGUCGAAUUCUAAAUGAUGAUAAGCCAAAAGUUGAUGGAGGCUUAAUAACACUUCUUAAUGAAGAGAUUCACAAUCGCCCUAGAUAGUUCACUAAUUUGGUCUCACGAGGCUCUGAGACCGAAUUUGCCAUUGCAAUUUUUUUGUGACUGCUGUAAAUUCCAAGUUCUCACUGUCACCUUGCACAUACAUCUCCAUUUAAUCUACUAAAUUCUUUUACUUAAGAGAGAGAAAAGGAAAAGGAAGGAAAUAUUAUCUUGUGUAAUUCUUCUCCAUAGUUGCCAUUCAUAAGAAAGGAGAAGCUGACAAUGUAUCUGGAGGAUACUUCCAUUUUUGUGAAACGGUGCGCAUAAUAUCUUUGCGGGGGUUUGUUCUCGAUUUCUGACAUUGUUUGCAACUUAAGCUGAGACAGGAUAAAAUAAGCUUAUGGAGUUUGUCCUGACCAAAAGAAAAUUCUAACUAGAAAGAUUGAGCUUCCCAACUUUGUAACUGUAUCUAGUUCAACACUUCAUUAGGAUGUUAUGAUUUUGAUCUUACAAGUCUGUUAUACUCUGUUCUACUGUGAAUUGAUGCAUUUGUGUUGGGGCUUACAUAGCAAA